AUGAAGGACGAGCAAUGCAGACCGCCGAUGUCAUCGUCGUCGUCGCUAUCGCUUUCCCUUUCCUCGUCUGAGGAGGAGCUCCAGCACAUGCCGCUGGCGCCGCCCAAGACGCUGAACCGGAAGCGCCUCAGCAAGCAGCUGUCCAUGUGCGAGACACCACGAGACAUUGCGUGGGAGAAGCGACGCCGCCAGAUUCUCAGGCAGGAGAGGAGGAGGAAUGGGAUCAACGACUCCGAUGACAUGGUCCUCACGGACGAAGACUUGCACGAGCUCAAAGGCUGCAUUGAGCUAGGGUUUGGAUUCAAUGAGGAAGAGGGUCAGAGGCUCUGCCCUACCUUGCCCGCUCUUGACCUUUACUUUGCCGUCAACCGCCAGUUUUCCCCGAGUCCCGUGUCCACCCCGAAUAGCGCCCGCCAUUCUACAUCGUCAUUGGGUGGACGGUCAUCGUCGUUUGGAAGCCCUAGGAGCGACACAGAUGCAUGGAAGAUUUGCAGUCCAGGUGAUAAUCCACAACAGACAGAGAGAGAAAGCAAAAGAGGAAGGAAAAAGCUCGUUCUUGUUCAGCGAGGAGAGAGGAGAGGAGACUACUUUGCUUUCUACUUUCUAGAGAGAUACAUACAGGAUUAUACAAAACAGAAGAGAAGAGAGGAGAAGAGAGGGGAGAAGAGAGGAGAGGAGAGAGAAGAGAAAGAAGAUCGAGGUCGGCUUAAGCUUAAAAUGAAUUAG